CCCACCCCUGGCCACGCCUCUUUUCCCAGCGCGCUUUGCGCGUCGGCGGUGACAGGUGGGGCUGGCUGGCCUGGGUUCAGAGAAGCCAAAAUGGCGGACUUUGAGGAUCGGGUGACGGACGAGGAGAAGGUACGUAUAGCUGCAAAAUUUAUCACGCAUGCACCACCUGGGGAAUUCAACGAAGUAUUUAAUGAUGUACGAUUGCUGCUUAACAAUGACAAUCUUCUUAGGGAAGGGGCAGCUCAUGCAUUUGCCCAGUAUAACAUGGAUCAGUUCACUCCUGUGAAGAUAGACGGUUAUGAUGAUCAGAUCUUAAUCACAGAACAUGGCGAUCUUGGUAAUGGCCGAUUUUUAGACCCAAGGAACAAGCUUUCCUUUAAGUUUGAUCAUUUAAGGAAAGAAGCCAGUGAUCCCCAGCCAGAGGACACAGACACAGCACUGAAGUCAUGGAGAGACGCUUGUGACAGUGCAUUAAGAGCAUAUGUGAAAGAUCAUUAUCCACAUGGAUUUUGUACUGUUUACAGUAAGAAUAUAGAUGGACAACCAACAGUCAUUGCUUGUAUUGAGAGUCAUCAGUUUCAGCCCAAAAACUUCUGGAAUGGGCGAUGGAGGUCAGAAUGGAAAUUUACCAUCACACCACCUACAGCUCAGGUGGUUGCAGUGCUCAAAAUUCAGGUGCAUUACUAUGAGGAUGGUAACGUGCAACUGGUUAGUCACAAAGAUAUACAGGAUUCUGUAGCUGUUUCGAAUGAUGUUCAAACAGCCAAGGAAUUUAUUAAAAUCAUUGAACAUGCAGAAAAUGAUUAUCAGACAGCCAUCAGUGAAAAUUAUCAGACUAUGUCAGACACCACAUUCAAAGCCUUACGCCGCCAGCUGCCUGUUACCCGUACUAAGAUUGACUGGAACAAAAUCCUCAGCUACAAGAUUGGUAAAGAAAUGCAGAAUGCAUAAAGCUAGAGCAGUCGUGCUGUAGGAAAUGUUAGCAUGCAAAAAAACAAAAAACACAAAGCUAAGGUGGUCCUAUGCCAAGUAAGUGGGUUCUCUGAAAUGUUGGCACUUGCCUAGGGCUUUCAGAGUUAACAGGUUUUCUAGCCUUAGAGAGGACUGUCAACUCAUACCCCUGUCUUGUUUUGUGUGCUCCUGCCAUGUAAAACUCCUACACAAAAUGUAACAAUACAUCUCCUAGCAGGCUUUUUGCCUUUGGCCACAUUGAGAUCAGUGCCGUACGUCCUUAGUUACUGGUUGGAAAACUCCUUACCUGUGACAGUCUUAAGAAAUGCAGGCUGGUAGUACUGGGAUACCGUUCCAAUACGUCUGGCAGCACUCCAGGUAUUAUAAUCAGUUUAGUAAGACUGCUGGCAGUGUCAGUGGUGUCUCACUGCACAGGAUAUAACUUGUCCUCCCUCCUCUCCCACAACUGCCAAUCGCCACCUAGCAAUAUCUUCUAGGCUUUGCUUUUUAUGUUUGCAAGGUGUUUACAGUACUUCUCCCAAAAAUCCCAAGAAGGCCAGGUCCUCUGGAAUGGUGGGUUUUGAGAGGGUUGUUUGUUUCUUUUUUAAAUCCAAAGACUUGAGCCACAUUUUCUUCAUGUGAACUGUUUUUCUCUUUUGACUUUUCCUGGAAAUACAGUUGAUUUACAGGAUGGGUCCUCUGUUUUUCUUUUUUUAAAAUACUUUUCUGAUUGCUGCUGAGACAUUGUUUAAAUAAAGAAAUUAUAAAAAUCAAAAGCUGUACAUGUUUAAGGAACAUUUGAUUUAUUGUGCUUUAAUGCUUUGUGGUAGGUUGAUGGCAUUUGUACUAGAGAUGUAUAAAUGGACAUGUCUAAGUGGUCAAUAAAAGAUUUCCAUCAAAA